UAGAAUUCUGUAAUCCCACCCCUGGUUUGGAGAGGAAGCUUGACUGGCUAUUCAGAGGCGUGGACUAUUUGGGAAUUAACUAGGCCGCACGGUCCCGUGUACGUACUACAAUCGACUCACCCUUUUGCCUUUUAAGAUACCCUAUUGCGAUUUUUUUUCUCAAAGUCCUGAAAUCCUGCGAGACCUUCCGUUGCAGGCUUGAAGUGUUUGAGGCCACACGGCCAAACUACUCUCUGAAGGAGAAGGUUAAAGAGACUGGACUGGAAGUGCAUCUAAUAUCACAAUGGCUGAACCCAACUUCCCGCCGCUGCCUGCUUUCAUUCCGCUUAAGCCAUGCUUCUACCAGGACUUUGAUGAGAUCCCUGAGCAACACCGCAACUUGUGCAAGAAAAUGUACCACCUGUGGAUGUUAAACGGCGCCACUCUGGCAGUCAAUUUGGUGGGCUGCUUCGCGUGGAUGUUCGGAGGAGGGGGCGUGACCAACUUUGGCCUGUCAAUCAUAUGGCUGCUCAUGUUCACGCCCUGCUCGUACGUGUGCUGGUUCCGGCCUAUUUACAAGGCUUUCAGGAGCGACAGCUCGUUCAACUACAUGCUGUUCUUCUUCGUGUUCAUGGCUCAAGUGGGCAUCAGCAUCAUUCAAAGCAUCGGCAUCCCGGGAUGGGGAGUGUGCGGCUGGUUGGCCACUAUCUCCUUCUUCAGUUACAAUAUAUUGAUUGCUCUGAUUAUGUUGGUGCCUACCAUCAUGUUCACCGCCGUCGCCUCGCUGUCCUUCAUCGCCCUCACGAAGAUCCAUAACUUCUACCGCGGGAGUGGGGGCAGCAUGACCAAAGCGCAAGAGGAGUGGACCACAGGUGCCUGGAAGAACCCCCACAUCCAGCAGGCCGCGCAGCAGGCCGCCAUCGGGGCGGCCAGCGGUGCUAUGCAGGAUCAGUACUCGGCCCCGCAGUACAACGACAACCAGAUGUAAGAGGCAGAAGACGCAGCGGCGACGACAUCCGUCAGCUGGUUUUAAGUUGAAAUGAAUGAAUCUGCGUGUUUUCAAGCCCUUUCAUGAUUUGGUAAACAAAU